AUGAUAGCCCGCGAGACAACCCAGAUGCCGCUCGAGGUGGCCGUCUUCUCAGGCGAAUCGGCCCUCAAGGCCCAAAGCCAAGGCGCCUCCCGCGUCGAGCUCAACGCCCCCGGGUCGUACCCUCUCGGCGGCACCACGCCCCCCGUCGCCGAGCUCAAGAGGAUCGCGGCAAAGAUCACAGUCCCCGUGCGCAUCAUGAUCCGUCCCCGCGGCGCCCCCGGCGACGGGUCCCCCGACUUCGUAUACACGGCCCAAGAGGUCGCCGCCAUGGCCCAGUCGAUACGGGACUUCAAGGCCACGGGGCUCCUCAACCCCUUCCGCGGCGACGGCUUCGUCUUCGGCCUCUUGCAGCCCACGGCCGCCGAGGACCCCGUCUCCGGGGAGCCAGACGUCGUCCAGAUCGACCGGCAGUCGUGCCGGACGCUCCUCGACGCCGCCAAGCCCUUUGGGUGCGUGUUCCACCGCGCCUUCGACCCCAUCGCCGCUACUAGGCGCAUCGGCGACGGCAUCGAGACGCUCACCCGGCUGGGCUUCGAGGGCCUCCUCACCGCCGGCGGCCGCGGGCCCUGCGCCGACAACGUCGACCGCCUCGACCACGAGCGCCACAAGCAGGCCGGGCGGAUACAGUUCGUCCUGGGCGGCGGCCUGCGCACGUCCAAUGUCCGGGACGUGGCGGAGCGCUUCAGCACCUACGAGGAGGGCAGCGUGUGGAUGCACACCGCCGCGCUGAGCAGCCGUCCCGACCAUCCUCCCGAGGAAAUCGACUCCAACGAGCUGAUUGGCAUUCUGGCAAGCUUGGAUUCCGUCUCGGUGCGGUAG